UGCCAUUUUCUCCAGACUACUUUCCUCUAUCAUUUCCUCCAACUUUCAGCGCCGUUUCUUUACUUGUUCUGCACAGCCAACAAGAUGACAUCAAGCUUCUGUGCCUUUAACAUGGAAACAUCUUUGUGAACAAAGUUUUAUAGUUUAGAGGAAAAUGGGGCGGCAGAAGAUGUGCUCGGAGUUUCCUUCCUGGAUCAACUCAAAGAUCAGACACAGAGGGAAAGUUUUGAACAACCUCUAAACUCUGCCAGACUCGGUCCUCAGAGGGAGGAGGAGACAUGAGGGUGUUUAACCGGGGUGUGCUGAUGCUUCUGACCACAGCAGGGGCUUUCUGUGCCUUCAGCCUCAUGACCAUCGCCGUGGGAACGGACUAUUGGCUGUACUCCCGAGGGGUGUGCCGCUCUAAGACCCUGAGCGACAACGAGACGGUCCGCAAGAACGAAGAGGUCCUGACCCACUCCGGUCUGUGGAGGACCUGCUGCACAGAGGGGACAUUUCAGGGUGUUUGCAAGGACAUCGAUCACUUUCCUGACGAUGCAGACUACGAGCAGGACGCUGCUGAAUACUUACUGCGAGCGGUACGAGCCUCCAGCCUCUUCCCCAUCCUCAGUGUGGGGUUAUUAUUUCUUGGGGGUGUCUGCGUAGCUGCCAGCGAGUUCUACAAGUCACGCUAUAAUGUCAUUCUCACUGCGGGUAUACUCUUUGUCUCUGCAGGUCUCAGUAACAUCAUUGGCAUCAUUGUGUACAUAUCAGCCAACUCAGGUGACCCCAGCCAGAGCGACAACAAGAAGAGCUACUCCUACGGCUGGUCCUUUUAUUUCGGAGCUCUGUCCUUUGUGCUGGCUGAGAUGGUGGGCGUCCUGGCAGUGCAUGUGUUCAUAGAAAAACACAGACAGUUGCGCACUAAGGGCCGGCCUUCGCUCAUGAAGCCGCCCAUCUCUCGAAGCUCAUCGUAUUACCGCAACCGUUACUAUCAGAACCGCAGCCGCCGGUACAGUUACAGGAGCAACCACAGCGCAGGGGACCCGCACUCCUUCCGAGCAUCACUCAGCCGUGACCGGGAGCCGUCCAUCUCCGCUGAAUCUAAAGUCACCACCAUGGCAGGUUUGCCGAAACCAGUGUCAGUGGGCUCAGAGUUCAUGCUCUACGCUUUAACCUCGCCUCUCAAAAACAGUAAGAUAGACAUGGCUGUGGAUCAUUUAACAGCUGCAGCUGCUCACAACAACACAGAGAUGCUGCCUGGAAACUGCGCUUCCAACAGGAGGACCACACCUGUCUAAGAAGAGAGUCCCUGUAAGGCUGAACGUUAGUUGGAGGAGAAUAAGCUUUCUCAUGUUCUUGCUUGCAAAAGAGAGACAUUGUAGACAAGUGCAGGGCUUAGCCUGCCAAAUAUUUUUUUAUGAACUCUUCAGUCAAGAAAUAGUGGGAAAACUGCCAUUACAAUCUCCCAGAGUCAGUCCAACAGUCCAACACCAGGAUAUAACUUGGGGUGCAAUCAGAAAGUCCAGUUACUCCAACCAUUAAAAGCAGAAACCAUGUCUGGUUUAAAUUUAGCCAAUCUCCCCUUCAAGUCUGCUCCUUCUGCAGCUCUGGAAUUAAAUGGGCGGUGCAUUAUGUGGUUCAGUGGUUUGCACAGAAAAAGGUCCUGGGUUUGAAUCCACUGGCUGGGGCCUUUCUCUGCGGAGUUUGCAUGUUGUCCCUGUGACUCUGAGUGCUCACGUUUCCUCCAACAGUCCAAAGAUGUGCAUGUUAAAUUCUGAUUUGUCAGUCUCUCUGUGUUACCCCCUGUGGCAGAUUAGCAACCUGUUCAUGGUCUCCUCAAACUCUUGCCCCAUGACAAGCUGAAUAGGCUCCACCAGUGCAAGGAACAGUUUGGAGUGAAAGUUCCCCACAUGAAGGCAGUGCAUCGGAUUAGAAUGAUAGCUAUUUCUUAAGAUAUUUGCAGGGUCUUGCACUAAUUCAGAAUGAAAUCCGGGAUGAGAACUUCAGUGCGAAGCUCUACUCUAGAACCUGAAGCGUCCAAUAGAGUAUAUCUGGUGGAAUCAACCUGAACUGGUUGCUUCCAGUCUUCAAUCUGCAACUAGCUGCAACUUUUUCAUUUUUCACAUAAUUAUAUAUAAGCUAAGGUGUCAGCAUUUUGACAUGGUGGAGGAGAUCCAACAUGCACUGUUGAAAGAAAAGUUGAAGUGGUCAGAACAGGGCGUGCAGGGAAGGGUUUAAAAUAGGAGCUGUAGGCUUGCAGCACUGCCCAAAGACAUGCCCUAAUGGGGAAGAUGUGUCACAUUUAAAUCAGGUUAUGGUUCACAAGCUGGCACCGCAGAACUUAACGAUUGCAUCUCCUGAUGAAACAAAGCAA